CAAGCAGCGAUAGAAAACUGGCUGAGAAAAUGUACGGAGCGUAUAUUGUGCGAAAUUUGAUUUGCUUUUUCGACGGUUAUUAUUGAAAGAAUCCAUUCGAAAAGUGGCCCUUUGCUAUAAGGAAACCGAAGCCGCCUGCACGCAAUAGAAAAUCCAGCAAACAGCACAAUCAAAGAAACAGCACAUAAUCGAAAGCAUCUGAGGAGGGAGUGGCAAGUGGUGCACUAGCGGGUGGUGGUGGCGGCACGCAUUCUAUUUAGGUUCUGUGCUGAAUGUCCUAUUGGCGUUUGUUGUGGCUGGCCCUCAAAAUGAUUUACCAGCUGUUGUGCUGCUCCGUGAGCCUGAUCUUCUUCUGCUUCAACGUAUUCUGGCUCUUUUGCAACCUGGCCAUCCCGUGGUGCACUCUCACCUUGCUCGUUGUCUGCAUCGCCUCCAAAUUCGUCAAGCUGCAACGAAGUCCCAACGAGAAGCGACUCCUAAGCCUUCUCAGUUCUCCGGAGGAAUGGCCCAGUUACUGGCCAAUCGCCAACCGGGCGGCCGGCUUUGAUGCGCCCGAAAACUCCAAGGCAGCCAUUAAGAAGUGUCUUGCACGUGGAUAUCGGAACGUGCUUCUGGAUGCCGGCCUUACGUCCUGCGGUGAAAUUGUCGUGGCUAACCCCGCAAAAAUAAAUGUUGCACAGCCGCUGGGGGAGUUGCAAAAGCUAAACAUCACAGAGCAACACCCAAUGGGGUCGCAGUACGAAGCGGAAGCGGUGGCUCCCCUCAGGCAAUUAUCCGAUUUCUUGGAGGCGGAGGCUGCUGAGACCACAGUGUUUUUGCGUCUGCACGACAACAGCGCCAGGAUGAUAAACCAACUGCAGAAGUUUAUGACUGCCGACGAGUCGUUUGCUCAGCGCACAAUUGUCAUCAGUCGAUCACCACUAGCCAUUUACCAGCUCCGAAAACUAAAGCCUGAAAUAAUUUGCGGCCUUUGGCACGAGACCUACUUGUCACUGGCCAUCCUCAAGUCCUCUACACUUAUUACCUCUAUCUACGGCGCUAUUUUUCGCAACAUAAUUGCACCCGUGAUAGGAAUAAGCGUAGUUUUUCUCUGCAAAGAUGAGAUUAACUUCCACAUUGCCGAUCUGUGGCGCAACGUGGGCGUCCGUCCAAUAGUCUAUAUGGUUAACUCACCCAACGAGAAAAGAUACUUCCAAAAGACCAUGAAGAUCCAGUACCUAACAGACUCGUUGCGGUCAGAACCGCACGUCCUUAUGAAAGCCUAAGGAUCCUUGAGGAUUUUAACGAACGAUAACGACUUAGAUCGACGCACACCAUACACAAACUGUUUGCAUUUAGCUUGCAGAGCUUAGCCCUUAAGACAAACUUAAGUACGCAUGUGUUUUUGUAGAAGCUUUAGAAAGUAUUAUCCCAAGCUUACCGGUACCAGUGAGAUGUAAGUUAUAAUUUGUUAAUUUAUAUGCUUUACUUCUGUUUAGCUGAAGCUUUUAUUAUUUAUACCCGUUACUCGUAGAGUAUACAAGAUUCGUUGAAAAGUAUGUAACAGGCAGGAGGAAGCGUUUCCUACCGUUUAAACUAUAUACAUUCUUGAUCAGGAUCAGUAGCCGAGUCCAUCUGACCAUGUCCGUGUGUCCACCGUCUGGUUGUCCGUCCGUAUGAGCGUCAAGGUCUCGGGAACUCAAAAAGCUAGAAAGUUGAGAUUCCGGAGAACUAGACACAGCGCAAAUUUGUUUUCUGAUGCUGCCACGCCCACUCUAACGACAAAUAACAAAUGUUGAACUUUUUCGAUCGCACUCCCACUAGUUGAGUAACGGGUAUCUGAUAGUCGAGGAACUCGCAUUCAAUCUUGUUUUAUUUACGUCCUGAUUAAUUUAUGUUGUUAUUUUAUUUGACGAGUACUGUAAUUUAUUUUAUACGAUUAUGUUCUCAAACUUUGUAUGAUGUACAAUAUUUCUACUAUGUACUCAACACAAUCAUACGCCGUAUAUGGCGUAUGAUUUUUGGAUGCUAUAUAUACACACAACAAGCUUUCCUCAAUUCCCCUUGUUACCCAAAUCCCAAAUGUAAUCAAUCAAAAAUCUACAAAAUGCUUACCAGCAAUAUAUGUAUAUGUCUAUACCAAAAAGCAGAAUUAAUUAAAACUACAUUUUAUUGUGAUUAUU